UGCUGUCCGUGGUGCUGAACCUUGUCUUAACACACAACAACAGAACGCUGGGUGCUGAUUUCUUUGCGCAUGCGAUGAAGUAAUGCGGGACCACUUGUUUAGGCAGAUGGCCACAUAUAAAGCAGGUAGACUACGUACGCAUUUUAAAUCGUUUGCUGAAUGCUCUUUAAAAAACAAUUUCCGGCUUAAUUUUUUCACCCCCGCUGCCCUAGUUGAACGCAACAGGCUGUAGCAACAAUGUGGUGUCUGACCGCUGAAAAGCCGCACCACCUGUAACUGCAGCCUCACACUUCUUUAACCUCCGUGGCAACUCGUGCUCCUCAUGCCGACACCGAGGAUGAAGAAGCAGAACGUGCGGACCCUCUCACUCAUCCUCUGCAUGUUCUCUUAUCUGCUGGUCGGCGCCGCGGUGUUUGACGCACUGGAGUCCGAGACGGAAAACUCCCGCAGGCGCAUCUUGGAGCAGAAGCGCAGCGAGAUGAAAAGGAAGUACCGCUUCUCCGAGGAUGAUUACCGCGAAAUCGAGAGAGUGGUGCUUCAAGCGGAGCCCCAUCGUGCCGGGAGGCAGUGGAAAUUUGCUGGUUCCUUUUAUUUUGCAAUUACGGUCAUAACAACCAUAGGGUAUGGACACGCUGCACCAGGAACAGAUGCAGGAAAGGUCUUCUGCAUGUUCUAUGCUGUUCUUGGCAUUCCUCUCACUCUCGUGAUGUUUCAGAGCCUGGGAGAGAGAAUGAACACCUUCGUCCGUUACCUUCUCCAUAAGGUGAAGCAGUGCAUGGGUUUCAGACGCACUGAGGUUUCCAUGGAAAACAUGGUCUUUGUGGGCUUCUUGUCCUGCAUUGGAACUCUAUGUGUGGGAGCUGCAGCCUUUUCCCACUUUGAGGGAUGGAGCUUUUUCCAUGCUUACUAUUACUGCUUCAUCACCCUCACCACCAUUGGCUUUGGGGACUUUGUGGCCCUGCAGAAAAAGGAGGAUCUCCAGGAGAAAACUCCUUAUGUUGCUUUCAGCUUCAUAUACAUUCUGGUGGGGCUGACUGUCAUUGGGGCUUUUCUUAAUUUGGUGGUUCUGCGUUUCCUCACCAUGAACACAGAGGAUGAGAGACGUGAUGCUCAGGAGAGAGCUUCACUGAAGAGGGACAAGGGUCUUUUAGAAGGGCCGACCAGCCUCUGUGUUGUAGGGGAACAGAGUAGAGACAGUCGCAGGGAGAGGAACAGGAACACCUUGAAGCACAGCCGCAGCCACAGUACACUCUUCCUCCCUAUGCAGGAGGGAACAAGUCGCACCAACCUUAUCCCUUCUCCAGCUGAGGACACAGAGAGACAAGAAAAUCCCUGUAGGCACAGGCUGCAUUUUCAAAUCAAGAAAGGAAGGCAAAGGGAGGAGACAAGCUUCAGCUCCCUCUGGUCCUCUUGUGUGUGUUACCAAUCAGAGAUUUGUGACAGCCCUAUGGUGAACCGCAGCAAACACCAUGGAGGCCACAUUAACUCAGUUUACUACAACUCAGUGUCUUAUAUGAUUGAAGGCUGCUCAUCAAGAUCCAGGGACAAUUUCGGACUCUCUUCCCCUGGAAGCACAUUAUCGCCUGAGCACAGCUUUCCGGAGUUCUCAAGUUUAAGGCGAAAUUCAGUGUAAAGGGCAUAGUUAAAGAGGAAAAGUCUGCACAGACUGUAAGCCUUGUUUAUUGAAUUUUUUUUGCGCAUGACAGAAGUCUGUUUCUUCUGUUUCUUCUUGUAGCUAUCGGAAACUGAUUUUAUUUCUAAAGCAAGAAUGUCCUUCCUCUUUGUUACAGUAAACAAUAUAUGUUGUGAAUUUUGCUACUUUCUUUGCAUGUGCCAAUGCAUGCUAAAAAGAAUGUAAAGCACUCAAUGUGAAUGCAUGAGAGCUAAGUAAAAACUGGUUUUAUUUGCUGAAUCUGAUACAGAGAUGAACACUUUAUCUGUAAAUUUGGGCUUGUACAUUCUCUGCAAGAAUUAAGAAGUUCUUAAAUUUUCUCAAGUGGUUAGAAUAAGAACAUGGUUGGAUCUACUCAGGACAUAUUGGACUUCAAAGCACGCUCGAUUUCGAAACCACUACUGUUAAGGGUUUCAGACUUGAGUGAUAGUAGAAACUUUUCAAUAUUUCCUCUUUCCUUCCUUAUCUACAACAGUUUCUGGCCCAUCAAAAACAGUUAAUGAACAAAAAAUGCAUAAAACGUUUAUUUUCAGACCAAAUGAUUGGAAAAUCCUAUAAAACCUCAAAAACUUACAAAGGCAGAGCACAUUUGAUAAUUUUUCAGAGUUUGUUUUGGUCCUUAGACUGGAUUCACACUUAGGUAAUAAAAAACACAUGAUGUCAGACUUGACUUAUACUUUAAUUCAUACUCAUGCUUUGAUUCUCAAUUCUCAUUUAAUCUCGAGUUAAAGUUUACCCAUAACAGGAAAUCAUUUAUUUGAAUUAUUAAUAAUUCCCCCUGAGAGUUUCAAGUUGUUCCGACAAAAAGGCGCAUGCUUUCCUGUCAAGGGGUGUGUUCCAUUAAUUAAUCAGGGAUGUUAGUGGACCAUGGGCUAGUAAUGGCUCAUAGCAAUCGGUUCAUGUUUUAUUGUCAUGUAGCAUUAAAGUAAUUACAACAUGGAUGAUUCUCAAUUUGACUUGUGCAUUAAAAUAGCUUGUUUUAUUUGCAAAAAUGUUCUCCUUACCUCCAACAUAUUUCUCAAAAUGGUAGCAGCAUUAAAAAGACAUAUCCUGUUCUUCAAAGUAAAAACAUUUACUGACUGAUUCGCAAAUUCAACAAUAAGUGGUGUUAAUCUUUCUAAACUUUUUUAUGCAACUUAACAUCGUUAGGGGUUGCUUUAAAUGUUUAAUUGAUCUGAAAGAAAUCUUGUUAAAUGUUGGUUUGUUAAAUAAUUAUUUAUACUCAUAACAGAGCAGCAUGCAUUCAAUGUUGGAAUGUUAAUCUGAGUCUUUAGAGAUUCAUAACUUGCCUUGGACUUGGACAAAUGACUUGUGAAACUGAUUUAAAAAUAGAAAUAGGUAUAUUGCUUCCAAAGGAAUGGACUUGAAAACCCCUCAGAGGACUCUGCUCCUGCCUUAGGGAAAAACUUACAAUUUUCUUGCAAUGGAAAGAUGAUGUCAUAACUCUAGAUUUAUAUGUAAAAGCCUUAAGGAAUUCUGACCAAGCACAUAGGAUAUGUGACUAUUUUACACAGUGCUUAUACUAUGUUUUGUUUUAUUCUGUUAUUGGAGUGAGGAAAAGAUUAAGGUUGUACAUGACAGAGUAACUAAAAUGCAUGUAGCACCUAACAUAUAUGUAGCAGGUUGUUAAGGUCUGAUCUAAAACUCUUAGAAAGGUUUUUAUCUUCCAGAGAGGGGAGGUACUGCUGCCGUCCUAACUGAUGUCUUUCUCUUCCAAUAUUGUUUGAUUAACCAAAUGGGCAUAUAGUUGAGUGUGUGCUUUUUUUUUUUU